AUGGUUGUUUUGACUGUAGUGGACCGGUUCUCGAAGGCGAGACCCAAAUUACCGUCUGCUAAGGAGACAGCAGUUACUGUCGUUGAUCAAGUCUUUCGCAUUCAUGGCCUCCCGAUAGACGUGGUGUCGGACAGGGGACCCCGUUCGAAUCCAAAUUUUGGAGAGUUUUGUCGUUUGCUGGGGGCGAGUGUUAGUCUGUCCUCUGGUUUUCACCCUCAGAGCAAAGGCCAGACGGAGCGGGCUAACCAGGAUCUGGAGAGAGUGUUGCGAUGUUUGGUGGCGCAGAAUCCCACUUCCUGGUGUCAACAACUCUCGUGGGUUGAGUACGCACAUAACUCGUUACCAGUGUUGUCCAUGGGCCUAUCGCCGUUUGAGUGUAGUCUAGGGUACCAGCCACCUAUCUUUCCUAGUCUGGAAUCCGAAGUCGCGGUUCCCUCUGCCCACGCGUUCGUCCAGAGGUGCCAUCGCACCUGGAGAAGAGCCCGAGAGACUCUCCUCCGGAUGGGAGCCCGCACUAAGGCUCAGGCCGAUCGCCACCGGUCGAAGCCUCCCGUAUACGUCAUUGGCCAACGGACGACUCGCUCAGUUACUACGGCAUUUGACGAUUACUGGCUGGACAUCCUUGGCGUCAGCGAGGUCAGAUGGACAACAAAUGGCCGAAUUAGCAGUGAUGGAAAGACCAUCUUCAACAAUGGGGAGCGGCUGGCGUUGUUCUGCGAACAUAAUGGGUUGUGCAUCGGGAACACGUACUUCCAACACCGGCGAAUCCACAAGAAGACCUGGCGAUCACCAGACGGGCAAAAUUUCAACGAGAUCGACUUCAUAUGUGUCAGCCAAAAGUGGAGGUCAUCACUACGCGACGUGAGGGUCUACAGAGGAGCAGACAUUGGAUCUGAUCAUUACCUAGUCAGGGCAGAUAUCAAGCUCAAGCUCUGUAACCAAAGGCAGCCCAUACCAAAGAGACCAUUCACGAUCGAGAAGUUCAAAUACCCUUCCACUGCAGAUGAUUUUACCCUGGAACUGCACAACCGCUUCGCCUCUCUUGAAGAGGUGGCGAAUGUAGAAGACCUCUGGGGAAACCUCAGAGAUACCACCAGGGAGUGUGCCCAAAACAUCAUUGGGAGGCGUCGAGGAAGACAGAAGGAACAGUGGAUCCAAGAUAGAUCGUGGAAGUUAAUCGAUGAGAGAAAAACCGCGAAGCUUAAAAGGGAUCAGGCCAAAAUAAUGGAUGAGAAGGAAGAAGGAAGCCGAAGAUAUGCCGGACUGGACAGACUGGUGAAGAAAAGCUAUCAGACGAAUAAGAAGGAAUGGCUAGAACGUAAAGGUGCCGAAGCGCAGGAAGCUGCUGACCGAAAUGACUCCAAGACCUUGUACCGCAUACUCCAUGAAUUGACUGGAACAAAGAGUAACUCCAGCGUUCCGAUCAAGGACAAAAAUGGGAAGCUUUUGAUCGCCCAAGAUGAGCAGAACAAGCGGUAG